AAAAGUGAAGUGAAGAAUUUUGUAUCGAAAAUGAUGAGAUUGGCAAUUAUAUUUCACAUAUUUUCAGUGGUUUUGGGUUUACCGCAAAAUGAUUUUCAGACUGAAUUUAUUCAUCCUAAAGAGAGGUUAGACCAACUUUUUUCUCGGAAAUCAAUAAUAAACGGUAAUGUUGCAACGCCGCAUCAAUUUCCUUAUCAAGUGGGCAUCUUCGUAAAAAAUCCGUCUCAAACGGACUUUUGCGGAGGAUCACUGAUAUCUUCCAACUACGUACUUACAGCUGCCCAUUGUGUGGAUAAUGCUGUUGAAGUGACACUUAUUUUCGGUGCUCAUAAUAUAACGAUCGUUGAAAAUACUCAGGUUAGAUUGGUAUCCACAGAAUUUAUAAUACAUUCUGAAUGGGACAGUGAUAAUUUUAACAAGAAUGACAUCGCUUUAAUAAAAUUACCAAAUUCUAUCAGCGAAACUACCGCUAUAAAAAUUAUAACUCUCGCCAAAGGGACCGAUACUUAUGCGGAACAAUCUAGUGUUGUAGCCGGUUGGGGAAUAACAGCAAACUCCCAAAGUGGCGUAACUCCAACUUUAAGAUACAUAACUCCGUAUAUUAUCAGUAACGCGGAUUGCAAAAACGUUGAUUCGGGUUACGAUGCCGUAAUAUUAGACACUCUCAUGUGUACAUCCGGGGAAAGUAACAGAGGAACCUGUUCGGGUGACUCAGGAGGACCGUUAGCUGUUAACGGAAUACAAGUAGGUAUCGUUUCUUUCGGAUCCGACGAUUGCGAAGCCGGUAAACCGUCUGUAUUCACCAGAGUAACGAAGUACGCCGAUUGGAUAAUGCAAAAUUCAGACGUACAAUUUAUAUGAUUCACGUUUUAUCAAAAAUAUGUACCGAAUAAAUAUUAAAAUUGAAA